AUGGAUUUUGAAGAGAUACAGAAGAUACUAGGAGAAGAUGAUUAUCAGAAGUCCCUUGUAUGGUUCUUUCUAUGUUUUACUCUUGGUUUAAAUGCUGGGAAAUAUUUCGGCCGUAUGAUCCGUGCAGCUAAAGAAUUCUUCCUCGAUUGCUACGACUUUAUUCUCGACUGCAACGAUUUCGUUGGACGGAUUUUGAAAGGAUAUCGAGAGCGAUGCAACUACAUCAAGCAAAAAGAAAUAAUGCAUGAUUUGGUGGAUCGGUAUUACAGGCCUGUCAUAGAAAAGAGGCGAAGAGGGGAUGAGAUGAAAAUUCUAGCGGCACUGAUGGAAUUCCUUUCGAACGAAGCCACCAUUUGCACGAAAAAACUGCUUCAUCAACUGCGAACAGCUGCUACUGAUUUGAAAAUCAUUCACGAAGUCCUGGAGAAAAGAAAAGCAAAAAUAAAAGUGAAUGUCCAUUUUAUCGACUCUAAUCCUAGAUAG